AUGCUUGUCCAAGAGGGUAAAUAUUCAACUGCUGAUUUACCUCGUUUAACUUUACUCACAUAUAGGAUCCAGGAAGAAAUCAACCAGAUAUCCAUUGCUAUUGACAAAUCGCAAUCAUUACUCAAUAAUUCAACCUAUUUGCGCUGCAAAAAAUUAAUUUCAAUCAGGCCUACAUUGCGGGAUAAGCCAGUAGAAGAUGAAGAAAGCGAAGUGUCGAUAGAAAGAAAAAAAGAAGAAUUAGAAAUUAUUGAAACACUUAAUCGUGCGAUUGAAAAUGCAAAUAUUGCUGAAAAUGAAUUACAAGUAAAAGGCAAAUUCAAUAAGAAAAAGAAGAGCUUAUCCGAAAUUUAUACUUCAAAGCCAAUUGCAAAAUCUAAACCAACAGCAAAGUCCACAGCUAUUAAGAAAGAACAUGCAACUACUGGCAAAAAAGUACAGCCUUCAGAAGAUAAAAAACGAAUGAAAACUAGCGCUCGAGUAGCUUCAUCACAACGUAUUAAAGUAUCUAACGGUAGUACAUCGACGGAUAAAGUAUUGGUUAUCAAUGAAAAAAAAGAAAAUCCAGUGGUAUCAACUGCUGCUGUUAAGCCUAAAAAACAGAAUCGUAAACUUCUAGAAUACGAAGUGAACGAGGCUAAAAUAUUACAGUAA